CUCCAGAGCUGCCGGUGUGUGUUCAGUAGUAGCGGCGACAAUACAUGAAUGAGAAGCCAUGGAAGACAAGACACAGAUACAAGAAGCGAUUAAACUCCAAGGUGAAGUCGUCCGGAAGUUAAAGUCCGAGAAGGCGAGCAAAGAUCAGUGCUAGGGUUGCUUACCACUUUUCUCCUGUUCUUCUCGCCGGACCCUGGAUGACCUCGGUCGGCUUCGCCCUUCAUCAUCACCACCAUCUUCUACCUCACUGUCUGAUGAAUACAACCCUCCUGGACAUCAUUGCUCAACUCACUUCCUGGUUCUACUUCUACUGACCAUUGUGAUUGGCUGCUGUGGCUGGCCCUGUACAAUACCACUGGACAUUGCUGUGCCCAUGAUGCACUCCUGAACUUUUUUGCCUGUCCAAUAUCUGGACUAAUUAUUUUUUUUGUCCGUGCUGUUGGAUAAACAUGCUGGGCAUGAUUUGUGUUCGUGCUUGCUCUGGUCUUUUGGGCUUUCGGACUGCAACACGUGUUCGAUCUCUGCAUUCUGUCCCUGGGAUCACUGUGGCUCAGAUUGAUGAAGAAGUAGCUAAACUGCUGCAGCUGAAGGCUCAGAUAGGAGGAGAUGAUGGCAAACAUCAGUUUGUCCUCAAGACGGCAAAGGGAACGAGGGACUACAACCCAAAGCAGAUGGCCAUCAGAGAGAGAGUCUUCAACACAAUCAUCAGCUGCUUCAAACGCCACGGAGCAGAAACCAUCGACACGCCUGUUUUUGAACUGAAGGAAACGCUGACGGGGAAGUACGGGGAAGAUUCCAAGCUCAUCUACGACCUCAAAGACCAAGGAGGAGAGCUGCUGUCCCUCAGAUAUGACCUCACUGUGCCCUUUGCCCGCUACCUGGCGAUGAACAAGAUAACCAACAUCAAGCGGUACCACAUCGCUAAGGUCUACCGCCGUGACAACCCAGCCAUGACCCGCGGACGCUACCGAGAGUUUUACCAAUGCGAUUUUGACAUAGCAGGGCAGUAUGACGCCAUGAUUCCAGAUGCCGAGUGUCUGAAGAUCGUCUAUGAAAUCCUCAGUGGGCUGGACCUCGGGGACUUCCGUAUCAAGGUCAACGACAGACGCAUCCUCGAUGGGAUGUUCGCCGUGUGUGGUGUUCCAGAUGACAAGUUCCGCACCAUCUGUUCAACGGUGGAUAAACUGGACAAGCUGCCCUGGGAGGACGUGAAGAAGGAGAUGGUGAAUGAGAAGGGUUUGUCAGAGGAGGCUGCCGACCAGAUCGGGGAGUACGUCAGUAUGCAGGGUGGGAUGGACUUAGCAGAGCGCCUCCUUCAGGACGAGAAAAUGUCUCAGAGUAAGCUGGCCUGUGCUGGCCUGUCUGACAUAAAGCUGCUCUUCAGCUACCUGCAGCUCUUCCAGGUCACAGACAAGGUGGUGUUUGACCUCAGUCUGGCCCGGGGUCUGGACUAUUACACAGGAAUCAUUUAUGAGGCGGUGCUGACUCAGGCGGGUGUGGCCCCGGUGUCCAAUGAAGCCCAAAAUGGUGCACCUGCAGAGGAGAGCGUGAGUGUGGGCAGCGUGGCCGGCGGCGGUCGAUACGACGGCCUGGUGGGCAUGUUUGACCCCAAGGGCAGGAAAGUGCCGUGUGUGGGCGUCAGCAUCGGCAUCGAGAGGAUCUUCUCCAUCAUGGAGCAGAAGUCUGAGGCCUCGGCAGAGAAGGUUCGUACCACAGAGGUUCAGAUCAUGGUGGCGUCCGCUCAGAAGAACCUGCUGGAGGAGAGACUCAAACUCACCACUGAGCUCUGGAAUGCUGGCAUUAAGGCAGAGGUGAUGUACAAGAAGAACCCCAAACUGCUGAGUCAACUGCAGCACUGCGAGGAGUCAGGGAUCCCUCUGGUGGCCAUACUGGGAGAACAGGAGCUCAAAGAUGGAGUGGUCAAACUCCGGGUCGUGGCCACCCGAGAGGAGGUUGAAUUUUCCAGAGCAGAUCUUAUAGGUGAGAUCAGGAGGAGGACCUCCGAGGCCUAGCCCCGCUCCAUCUGUUCAGCUACAGUCCAACCUCAUCACCCGAUCGCUUCACAGACACUCUGCAGAGUCUUGUACAGAAUCUCUUGUGGUGCUCAUGUUGCACUCUCGCACGCUGCAACAGAGCACGUAGCCAAAAGCAACAACGCUAACUGGAAGUGUGUUUAACGUGAUGUGCUUCUUAAAAUGGAACACUCCUUAGGGAACAUCAUCCAGAAAUAUGUUACAGUUAGCAUGAAAUGCAAUGUGUUUUGGAUUAUAUCUGAAAGACGUGUACUUGCUUUCAGUGUCAACAUUGUAUAUUAGUGUGCCAUUAUUGAUAUUAACUAUUCAAGUCCAAGAAGUCAAAGUUUCUUAUUCUCCAUAAAAGUUGCUGGAGAUCAGUUUGGUCUUUAAUCAGAUUCAUUAACUAAAUCUGUGUGUAGAGCAGCGUUCCUUCAGGAUGACAGACUCUUGUUAGAGACAUUAACUUCCUACCUGAACAUGAUUUGCUGCACUUCAACUGAACCUCCAACUCAUAACAAAUAAGGCUCAAUUUCUACCUGUAUCAAACGUGGCUUCACUGUCAAGUGUCUGAAAUAAACACAUUCAUCAUUCUGCUCAAUACUAAAAGAACA